AUGAGAAGUCGAAACCUAAGCCUAAUUCCUCAGACACAUUUGCUAAGUCACUACAGUCUGACAGGAAUGGCUUCGAUGAAUACCUUUGCUGCUUUUAAUGGCACCGUAGAAACGUGGGAUUCGUACAUCACACGUUUUGAAUGUUUUCUUGAGGCCAGUGAUUUUACGGAGCUCUCCAGUAGCCCAAAAAAAGGGGGCCUGCUUUUUGAAUUUGUGUGGGACAGAAAUGUUCAACAUCGCUCGGACUCCUCCUCGCAUCUCAGCCGGUACACUUGGAAGAAAAAACUAGAAAAUAAAGUGAAAAAGCUAGAAGAAGCUGCAGCAAAGCACACUCAGGAAUUUAAACAACUGAAAGCAGAGAAGAAAGUACUUGAGAAGGAAUUGAAGAAAGCACAGGAAAAGAUUGAUGGCUUCCCUAACAGAAAGCAAAAGAAAGUGUUGAAAAAUGCAGAGACUCAGAGUGAGAGUGAGAAUUUAGUAGCAAAUGUGGACAAAGAAAAAAUUAAAUUUCUGUUGGAAGAACUCUGGCAAUGUAUUGAAAACUCUACAGGAAAAAAGCAGAUCAACAAACGUGAACAGGCAGUAGAAACACGUAAAAAGAUAAGUAAGUAAUUUACAAAUUUAUUUAUUAUUAAUUUAAAAAACCUAAAUAGCUUCCUAACUCACACACA